GUUAUCCUCGAUCAACUCUCGCUACCGUAAUCCAAACUAAUAAAUCAAUCACAAUUAAGCAAAAGCUUUUCAAGUCCGACAAACCGAGAGUCGGUGGAGAGAGAAGCUGAAGCAAAACCAACCCAGCUCCUCUUUUCUCUACGCUCACACGCACAUUCAUACCCACCCACAAGCAUAAACGCGCACGCAGACGCAAACAUACACCAGGAGCUGCCGAUCUAGUCGCCAUGUCAGAUCCGGACCGGUACCCUGGCUAGUCCCCGGCCACAUUAGCACCGUAAUGUCAGAUUCCGAUGACCUCAUCAGGUGUUAAAAUGAAUGGGAUUCAGCGCAGGAAAUGUCAAAACGUGGAGGAACCUUUCCCAGGAUGCUUGGGAAGAAUGGUAAACCUCUUUGAUUUGAAUACGGGGAUUACUGGAAACAGGCUGCUAACAGAUAAACCCCACCAUGAUGGGUUUACACACUCAAGGAGCCGAUCGGAUGUGGGAAGGAUGGGUUCUCCCUUUGGCGAUAAGAUGGAGGAUAAACUGAUGGUGUCUGAGUUCAAGAAGACUUCAUCAAACAAGAAAGCAAAUGGAACACCCAUGAAGAUGCUCAUAGACCAAGAAAUGUCAAAAGAAAUAAAUUCUAAAAAUAACCCACCCAAUGUUGUUGCCAAGUUGAUGGGGCUUGAUGCCUUCCCACGUCAGCAGCCUCAUUCAUCUAUCCAAAUAAGCCAUACAAACAGUUAUUCAAGAUCUACUUCUGAUCUUUCAGGAUUACCUUCAGGAUGUUGGCAGCAAGAAGAUGUGUUUUCAGAAAGGAGAAUGCAAUUUGAAGUACAUCAGUGUCCAGAGAAUAAUGAAUACAAAGAUGUUUAUGAAGUCUGGCAGCAACCUCAGAACCCAAGUUAUGGAAGAGACGAGUCACCACAGAAGGGAAAGUAUAAUGAAUAUUUAAAUGACAAAAAGAUGGCCCUUGUUCGCCAGAAGUUUGUGGAAGCAAAACGCCUAGCUACUGAUGAGAAGCUACGCCAGUCCAAGGAAUUUCAAGAUGCAUUGGAAGUUCUAAGUUCCAAUGGAGAGUUAUUCCUUAAGUUUUUGCAAGAACCAAAUUCCUUGUUUUCUCAGCAUUUAUAUGACUUACAAUCAAUUCCCCCUCCUCCAGAGACCAAGAGAAUCACUGUUCUGAGACCCUCAAAGAUGGUUGAUAACAGCACGUUUUCUGUAUCAGGCCAGAUGAAUGAUAAAAAGAUAAAGAAACCAGCCCAGAUGAGUCAAGGAGCUGUAUGGGACAAAAGCCCUGGACAUUCUCCUAUGUUUACUAGUCCGAAUGCUGAUGAAUGUCCUACUCAACCUACUCGAAUUGUGGUAUUAAAGCCUAGCCCUGGGAAGACUCAUGACAUUAAGGCUGUUGUUUCUUCAACUACCUUAUCGCCAAGAAUAUUACACGGAGAAAACUUGUAUGAGGAACUUGAAGAUGAAGAAACACGAGAAUCAAGGGAAGUGGCAAAAGUGAUCACGCAGAAGAUGCAUGAUAAUCUGAUGGGUCACAGAAGGGAUGAAACCUUGCUUUCUUCUGUGUUUUCUAAUGGUUAUACAGGUGAUGAGAGUUCAUUUAACAAAUCAGAAAAUGAGUAUGCUGCAGAAAAUCUCAGUGAUUCAGAAGUCAUGUCACCGUCAUCUAGGCAUUCAUGGGAUUAUAUCAAUAGGUUUGGCAGCCCUUUCUCUUCUUCUUCCUUCAGCCGUGCAUCAUGUUCUCCCGAGUCAUCAGUGUGCAGAGAAGCAAAGAAGAGACUUUCUGAAAGAUGGGCCAUGAUGGCAUCAAAUGGGAAUUCUCAGGAACAAAGACAUGUCCGGAGAAGCUCAAGUACAUUAGGUGAAAUGCUUGCUCUUUCAGACAUGAAGAAGGCAGUAAGGUCUGAGGAUGAAGGUGGUAAUAGGGAACAAGAACCAAGGGACUUGGUUUCAUGUUUGACUGGGAACCCGAACAAUGAAGAAGGUAUGGGUGAUUCUCCAAGAAAUCUUGUGAGGUCAAAAUCUGUACCUGUAUCAUCUACGGUGUAUGGUGCCAGGCUCAAUGUUGAAGUUUCAGAUUCCGCAGCUGGCAAGACAGAUGUUUCCAAGGAGCUGACUAAGGCAAAGAGCAUGAAAUCAUCACUGAGGGGUAAAGUUUCGAGUUUAUUUUUCUCCCGGAAUAAGAAAUCAAGUCGAGAAAAAUCUGGUGCAUCUCAAUCCAAAGAUGAAUCUCAAGCUGCCUCUGCUGGCACUUUGAGGUCUAAACUUCCUCCCAGUAAGAUUAGUGAUGCUGCACCUCCUUGUGCUAGUGAGAGUGGCCUUGAAGAGUGUUUUUCUCCUGUUCCAUGUGUAUCGUCAGGCAAAGCAUCUCCAGAUUUAACCAACAUUGGCCUUAAACAAGGCAUAGUUUCACGGGAGGCUGGGUUGUCCCUUAUGAAGCCUAUGAUUCCUAGGAAUGCAACUGAGAAUCAGGACCAGCCAAGUCCAAUCUCAGUUUUAGAACCAUCAUUUGAAGAGGAUGACAUAACUCGGGAAUCCUCCAGUUAUGUAAAGCCAGAUGACCAAAGAAGUCUAGUGCCUCUGAAGUCUAAUUUGAUUGACAAAUCACCACCUAUAGGAUCAAUCGCACGAACCCUAUCAUGGGAUGAUUCUUGUGCAGAGACGGCUACACCCUAUCAAUUAAGAUCCUCCUUAGUAUCCACAGGCGCUAAGGAAGAAGAAAAGGACUGGCUUGCUUUGGUCCAGUCUCUUUUAUCAGCUGCUGGCCUCAAUGAUGGGGUUCGAUGUGACUCAUUUUUCUCAAGAUGGCAUUCACUGAACAGUCCGUUAGACCCAUCUUUGAGAGAUAAAUACGCCAACGUUAAUGGCAAAGAGACAAUGCAAAUGCAUGAAGGCAAGCGAAGGCAAUUAAGAUCAAGCCGUAAGCUUGUGUUUGACUGUGUGAAUGCAGCGUUAGCAGACUGCACUGGUUAUGGGUCUGACACGAGUGUCAGGUCCACGUCCUGUGGUGGGCCCCAUGAGAGGCUUAUGGAGGGUGAUUCGCCCUUAUUGGAGGACCUUCUGUGGGCCCGAAUGAAGGAAUGGUUUUCUAGUGAGGUGAGAUGUGUCUCAGGGGAUGAGGGGGACAGUAACAGCCUGGUGGUGGAGGGUGUUGUAAGGAAAGAGGUGGUGGGGAAAGGGUGGGCUGAGCAAAUGAGCUUGGAAAUAGAUAAUUUAGGAGCCGAAAUAGAAGGGAAAUUGCUACAAGAGCUCGUGGAAGAAGCUGUGGUUGAUUUGACAGGUAGGAUCUGAUGAUGAGUCUUGCAAUUUCUUUUCUUUCUUUCUUUGUUUUUUUUUUUUUUUUAAAAUCAAUUAAAUUGUAACUCUAUUAUUUAUGUAUUUGAUUUUCAACAAAUGAUGCUCCUGCCUACCUCCUUUGUCUAAUGAUGCAAAUGUUUCAGUUAGCCAUUGUUUGAUAAUAUAUUUUGUGUGCGUUGUGUUUGGCA